UAAAUCGAAACUGCUCUGUGUUCAAAAAAAUCAUGAGUUGAGAAAGUUUCUACAGUGUUUUUACAAGUUUUUAGUUAUUUAUUUUUGAACUUAGGUGAUAAUUAUACAGUUAACGCACAAAAUAUUACUUCCAAUAUCGGUGUUGAUAUAAAAGCCACAACAUUAUUUCAGUGAAAUACAAAAAGUUGAAGAUUUUAAGUUGUAUGUAGAUACUUAAAGUAUCAUUAGUGUAAUUUCUGUAUGAAUAUUUGCAAGAUUAUCGUGUCGCAAGCGCUUCCAGACUUGUUUUAACAUUAGGGCUCCGGCGGUGAGCGCGGGGCUGGGGGCGCGGGGCGGCGGCGCGCGGGGCAGCGGGGCGCGGGGAGGGCAGGCGGCGCAGGGCGGCGGGGAUGCGGGCAUGGCGCGGCGGCGCGUGACGCGGCGCUGGGAGGUGUUCGCGGGGCGCAACCGCUUCUGGUGCGACGGGCGGCUGAUGACGGCGCCGCACCCCGCCGUGUUCCUGCUCACGCUGGCGCUCAUCACGGGCACGUGCGCGCUGCACUUCGCCUUCGACUGCCCGUACCUGGCGGCGCGCGUGUCGCCCGCGCUGCCGGCCGGCGGCGCCGCGCUGGCGCUGCUCACGCUGUCCGCGCUGCUGCGGACCGCGCUGUCGGACCCGGGCAUCAUCCCGCGCGCGGCGCCGGGCGAGGCGGGCGCGGAGGGCCCCGGCGCGCGCCCCCCGCCCCGCGCGCGCGAGGUGCUGGUGCGCGGCCGCCCCGUGAAGCUCAAGUACUGCUUCACGUGCAAGAUGUUCCGGCCGCCGCGCGCCUCGCACUGCUCGCUGUGCGACAACUGCGUGGAGCGGUUCGACCACCACUGCCCGUGGGUGGGCAACUGCGUCGGCCGCCGCAACUACCGCCACUUCUACACGUUCGUGGUGUCGCUGUCGUUCCUGGCCGUGUGGGUGUUCGCGUCGGCCGUGGCGCACCUGGCGCUGCUGGCGCGCGCGGGGGCCGCGGGGGGCGCGGCGGGGGGCGCGGGGCUGGCGGGCGCGCUGCGGGCGAGCCCCGCGUCGGCGCUGGUGGCGGCCGUGAGCUUCCUGUCCGUGUGGUCCGUGCUGGGGCUGGCCGGCUUCCACACCUACCUCGCCUCCACCGACCAGACCACCAACGAAGAUAUCAAGGGUUCGUUCUCGCUGCGGCGCGCGGGCGCGGGGGCGGGCGCGGCGGGGGCGGGGGCGGGCGGGAACCCCUACUCGCGCGGGAACCCCUGCGCCAACUGCUGGCACGUGCUGUGCGGCCCGCUGCCGCCCUCGCUGCUCGACCGCCGUGGCGUGGUGCCGGGCGAAGAGCUGCCGCCGCAGUUCGUGGUGACGGUGUGCCCCGCGCCCGCCCCCGCCCCCGCGCCACCCGCCGCGCCGCCGCUCACGCCCGCCGCCGCCAACGGCGCGCUGAGCUCGCACCGGCACGCGUACAUGAACCACAGCCUGGACCUCGACCUGCAGGAGCUGUGCGUGGGCGCGGGGGCCGCAGGGGCGGGGGGCGCGGGGGCCGGGGGGCUGAGCGCCUCGCGCCUGCGCCUGCUGCAGGACACCACCAUGAUCGACGCCGCGCUGGACCUGGACGAGCCGGAGCCGCCCUCCGCGGCCCCCGCGGCCCCUGCGGCCCCCGCGCGCGCGUGACCCCGCCCCCGCGCGUGACGCCCCCGCCGCCGCGCGCCGCGCCAUCUAGCGCGAGCGAACAUCGUUGUACAGACUAACUAGUUAUAAAGUUGUGUUUACAAUAAAUUUUAUUGUUAAGA